GUCGCGAGCUCGUGCGCGCGAGAACCGAGUCUUGCCGCGAGAUAUCGAAACGAGAACGUAAGGAACGGCUGAUCGGUGCGGCAGUAAUAUACACCCGACCGACGUGAAUCGCGGUCUUAUCUUUACCUAACGGACAUUUUGCAAGAAUAUGCGAAAUUAGAUUAGAUUAAGACAAGAAUUGACGUUUCUCUUGGUCGGACUUAGAAGGAUACGAGAUCGAUGCGAAGACCGCCGAACUUGAAAAAUCGAGAAAAAUCGAGCAUAGAGAAUAAUCUCGAGGGACGCGAAAAUUCAUAUCACGAAGAAAAAUUCGCUUGGGAAACAACGCAAAGUGAUCAGCGGAAACCGAUGUUUCGAAUGUCGCGCGAUGACGAGCUGUAAAAAAUCGUGAAAAAGAGUGUAAUAACGGAUAGCGAGGAAUAAACGAGAAGGGAGUCGACGACAUUAGAGCUUCGGUCUGUUUUGACAGUCUCGCGGGAGAAUCCGAUGACAGGCGGUCCGCGAUUCCGCCCGAGAGGCUAAUAUGCCAUUAACUAGCCAGCGGAGGACGGGGAUGUUUAUGAAAGAGCAGGAGAAGGAGCGCAAAGUGCAGGAAACUAGUGGACUGGACGUGGACAACUUGCAGCGGCAACUUCACGCUCUUGCGACAGGUGCAGGUUAUUACGGCGCUGUCGCCUCUUCUGCCUCGCGCGGUGAUAAUAACGUUCACGAUUGUCAUUAUCCCGACCGAGUGCCCGCCCGUCGACCUGUUGUCGUCUGAGAGAGACAUUUACGUGCGUGCUAUCGGGCUUUACCGUUCGCGAAAAUCCACGCUCCGCCUGAAAAUAGAAGGAGGAAAGAAGGAGACGAGGUAUAACGUUUUCUUUUUCUCAAUCGACACCCGAGCUGCUAUCUCUCUCGUUGUUUAUUUUAUCUCGCGCAUCGCAAAGAACGAGAGACUCGCGAGCGCAUCCCGACAGUUAUACGAGACCAAACACAGAACGCGCCUCUCGACGAGCGUCCGCUCUUGUUUCUCCCGACGGGAAAGAUUGUAUCGGAAAAUCGAAUCGGGCGCGCGCGCGGCCUGCGAGUGUGCGUGUGUGCGCGCGUGCACGGGUGGUGCGUGCGCGAGAGCCUGUGUCGGUGAGAGCGGGUCAGUGAACGAUUGCGCGCCGCCGCCGUCGCGAGAGCAACGAGAGGGAAGGGUAUCCCUCUUUCUUUCCUUCUCUCCCUUCGUACAUGCACGUGCGAAAGCGAGGAGAAACGUGAAACGCGCGCGUGCGCCGGCUCGUGUGUACUCGGCGCCCUAACACACACACACAUACGCGGACAUCACACCCGUACGCCGGACGUCGCGAGUGCGCGCUCGCGCGCGAUAUAUAGAACCUUACAGGUGCGCGAGUAUGCGCGGACGCGCGCGCGCGCGAUAGAGACGACAGCGCGCAGCCGAAGAGGAGCACCAGAAGGAGGAGGAGGAGGAGGAGGAGGAAAAGGAGGAGUAGGAGGCAAAGGCAGAGGUGGAGGCAGAGGAAAAAGAAGAGAAGAAGCCAGUGACACCGGGAGGGUCGGUUGUUCCUGGUGUGUAAAGCGGCUACACCGGGGUACACCUAUACAUCCGUAUCCGUGCGUACGUGUGCGCGCGCGCGCGCGCGAGAAACCGCGUGUGUCGGGAGAUCCGCGGAUAUAUAAGCGAGGACGGUGCGCGAGGUUCUCCCUCUCCCUCUCUUUCUGUCGUUCUCUCUCGCGCCCACGAGCGAAGGAAAGAAAAAAAAAAAGGGAAAACAAAAGUUCGGGCGAAAAGAAAUGCGGGUUCGUUGACUGCGCGCCGUCGUUGCGCGAUGGCCGCAUGCUCGUGCCCGAUGCUGCUAGUGUGUAGUGUGCGCGUGACAGGAGCGACGACGACGACGACGACGACGACGACGACGACGACGACCAUCAGGGCGCGACCGGCGGUGUUCGUGACGACGACGAUCUCGACGACAGAGGAGAUGCCGGCUGCUGCUCGCUGCUCGCACGACGAGAGCCGAGUCGAGAGGCAGUGAAUCUACCGGGGACCUCGCACGGGAUAUUCGACGUCUCCACCACCGGCACCGGCAACCACGGGGAGCAACGGCCGCCGGUAAAUCCGUCGACGAGAUUUACGAGAGAAGAAGCGUCCAUUUCAUUAUCACAUGAAACGAAGAGAGAUAGCGAAUUGCAAAAAAAUUAUUUCUUGAUCUGUGCGCAAAACUUUGCGAUCCAUAUCCUUUUACGUGUAUUCGUCGUCGGAGCAUUUAUUCUUUCAAAAAGUUUGAUGUUGGAAAACUAUCACACUGCUCCUUUGUAUCCACGGAAUUCAACACGCGCAAUGUAACAUUGUACAACGGGCUUAAAGUUCUGAUCUCCAAAGACCGAUUGGUUCUAUCAGAGACAACUCAAGAGCUUUCUCGAUUCCACUCUCAAAAAGACUAUCACGAUUCAAUGAGACGAUUGCGUGGACGUAUCCAGAAUCCCGCGAUCCAUGCUUCUCUAUCAAACUCAAUCGUCGCGCUUAGAUCGAUUGACUCUACUGAAGAAACAUCACGAGGAAUUGCACACCUCAUAGUCGUCCUAGACGUUAAGAUCGAACUGCGAUAACCAGCACAAUCAAGAUUCGAUCACGAUCGCUGAAUCAUCCACCUUCAGAGUCUGGAUUCCGUUUGGUAUCUGCGUUCUUUCCAAGAAAGACUUCGCGAUCGCUCGUUCACUCGUGUGAGAGUAAUCAUUAUCGGCACGCGUUUCGGUAAAUCUCUCUAUUAUUACUCGUAUACGCGAUAUACUGUAUAUUUUAACGGCGAGUGCGCGUUUAUACCAAGUAACAGGUUCGUUUUAAUCAUCGAUGAACGUGAUUCGGUGUCAAGAAAGUGAAGCUCUAAUUAACUCGUGUGUGGCGGUCACGUUGUCUACGUGCCACAUUGCCUAGGCGGCAGAUCGCCCAUUUAGAAGACCGAACCGAAGAGGCGGCCAGCUGUUAAUCGGCAGCCACCGCGGUGGACAUGAUUAUUUCAAAGGAUCUGUUCCUCCUUGGCGACCAGGAUUAUCUGCGCCUUCCCGUUAACGAGAAGCGCCAGCAACGGGCAAUGGGCCGGCCGAUCAUCAAUGCUCCCAGAGUGGAAAGCUCAGCGCUGCAAUUGGUGUGCCCGCUGGAUUCUCGUCCGGUGCAGCUAAUCUUCCGAGGAUUACAGGUGGUCAAGGAGAAACGAGCGCUCCUUCGAGAUGUUUCGGGAGUCGUCAAGCCGGGAGAAUUACUGGCCGUCAUGGGCCCUUCAGGCUGUGGUAAAACAACACUGCUGAACUGUUUGUCCGGCCGUGUUGGCUUGGACGGCGGUGAGAUUUGGUUGAAUCGCGAGAGGCUCACCAAACGAUGGCGCAGAAGAAUCUGUUAUGUGCAACAGCAGGACGUUUUUUUUCCCGAUCUCACCUUACGACAGACACUCGAGUACCAGGCGAGGCUGAGGCUCCCGGACACGCUUUCACACUCGCAGAAGAUGCAGUGCGUGGACCAUAUCAUCGAGGUCCUCGACCUCGCGGCCUGCCAAGACACCAUUAUUGGAGAUUACACAAAGCGAGGACUUUCUGGUGGUGAAAAGAAGAGGACGAGUAUAGCCUGUGAAUUACUCACAAAUCCAUCAUUAAUGCUACUUGAUGAACCCACGAGCGGACUCGACUCGCACUCGGCCCAGGCAUUGAUCUCGCGGUUAAAGAAGUAUGCCGAGCAGGAGGGUAAGAGCAUCGUGGUGACGGUACACCAACCUAGUUCCAGGAUGUUCCAUAGUUUCAGUAAGCUUCUCCUACUGAGUCGCGGUCAGAUAGCAUACUACGGUUCGACGACGAAUGUCGGCAGAUUCUUCCUUACGAUAGGGCUUACGUUGCUGCCAAAUUAUAACCCCGCAGACUUUAUUCUGGAACAAAUAAAGGGGCCGGAGGAAGUUCGAGAGCGCAUCGUUGCCGCGGCGAGAACUGCAAGACAGGGACCUGACUGCCCACCGGAACUUCGUCCGGAGUAUAAUCCCAGCCAACAUCCGCUCUGCGACCAUCUCAUCCAAUACGAGCACAUCAGCCACAACGUGAAGGAAGACGAAGGCCGUACGCUAUGGUUGGAUACACAAAGCCACGCCAGCAGCAGCGCGAGUUCUGCUGAUGACGACUAUUCCUGGCAAUGGCCCACCAGCUUCUGGUCGCAGUUCAAAGUAUUAUCGGAAAGAAAUUUUCAAGAAGCACGACCGCGGAUGUUGUCGCGUUUGAAUUGGUUGCAAACGGUAGCCCUAGGAUUACUGGCCGGGCUUUUGUGGCUGGGACUUCCCAGAACUGAAGCAGCCCUUCACGAUAUUCAAGGGUGGAUGUUCUUCAGCACCACAUACUGGAUGCUUUUUGCACAUUUUGGAGCACUCUCUAGCUUUCCCCCGGAGCGCGAGGUGAUCAACAAGGAGCGCCUGUCAGGAUCCUAUCGGCUCUCGGCCUAUUACCUAGCGAAGAUGGUCGGCGAGCUGCCGCUGACGAUAACGCUGCCCGCAGUCUACCAUAUAAUUAGUUAUCCGAUGUUGGGCUUCCACAAUCUGGCCGUCUUCGUCACGUUGCUCGCGUUCUUACUGCUCAACACCGUGGUCGCGCAGAGCGUUGGAUUUUUCGUGGGCGCUUGCUGCCUGGACCUGCAGGUGAGCAUCACCGCGUCCGCGCUUUACACGCUGGCAACGCAACUUUUGGGCGGUUAUUUGGCGACGUCGGUUCCACCAUGGUUAGCAUGGGCCAGAUACGUCAGCAUGGUGCAUUACGCUUAUCAGAACAUGCAGAUUCUCGAGUUCGGCGUCGGCGAACCGAUCACAUGCUCGCAGCCGAGUAAAUUCGCCGAGUGCAGAAACAGUACGACGAUACCUGUGUCUGCGAUUCUGGAAAGUCAAGGCGGGGUCAGAGGCUCCGGUCUACCACUUUGGGCGAAUACGGCAGUGCUGAUGGCCUUUCUGAUCGUUUUCCGAACCUUGGGCUAUCUUGUCCUGCGUUACUAUCGUGUACCAAAAUGAGCGUGUCGGGAGCCACGCAAGUAGCACGCAAAUUCUCCACGCUAUUCUCGCGAAUCUUCAGUUUUAUUAUUAUAGAAAUAUAUAUACAUAUAUGUAUAUAGUUGUGUGCCAUGUGUCUUGCUUUUAUCGGGAAUAUAACGGCCGUAUAUUUCGAUAUCCUCUCUCGCCUCUUCAGAAUUCUCUCAUCGAUCUGUCGAAUGUCUAUAAAGGUUUUUCUAUCUGCCUCGUAAACGCGAGGGAGCGAUGCGAAUGUACGAGCAUUUUUAUUUUCCCUAAUGGACACGUAUCGAACAUCACGCGACAUAGAAUGCGAGGUUGCGAAAGAUUUGGCCAGAACUAUAUAUAUAUAUACAUAUAAAUUAUAUUAUAUAUGUGACUCUACACCACAAUAAGAAGGGUGUGUAUGUGAUAUGACAGAGAGACGUGCCAGCGCGUGCGCACAAAUGUGAGAUAGCGUGAAUGAAUGUGGGAGAUGAUCGUUGUUUGCGGCAAGAAGGGUAUAAUAGUAGAGAGAAAUUUCGGCGCGGUGUCGCGCCGCGAAACCGACUGAAAAUUUGUACGUUGGC